AUGUUGAUGCUACGUAUCCCUUGGCCGCGUACGUUUGCCACUCAUUCCUGGAAUGGCAUCGAACGCAGCAGGGAACGAAGGAGGAAUGCGCAUUCCCUUGAAAACUGUGUAAGAUCGUUAGAGAACGAACUAGCUGCACGACUAGAAAUACUAAAGAAAGACACAGAUCUCGUCAACAGCGAACAGAUAUUAGAUGAAUUUGAGAAAGAAUUGAUGAUACAGUUAAAAUUAAAUGAGCCUCAAAAAAAACUAGCAAGCGAACAAGAGGAUAUGAAGAUCGCCAAGCAUCCGUUUGAACGUAGUGAGCAGAGGGUACGAGAGCUGGAAGUCACUCUAGCUGAGGAGCGCCAUGAUCAUGAACAAACCAAGGAAAAUUUAAAGGAAAGAAGCGAAAAAAUACAUGAGCUCGAUAUAAAUCUAGCAUCUACACUAAAGGCCCUUGAAGAGAAGGAAAACGAGCUCAUCAGAAUCAGACAGAUAUCAGCUGCCUUUGAAGAAAAACGGGUGACAGAACAACAAACAACAAAAGAGAAAGAAAAACCUCGCGAGAGAAACGAAGAUAAAUCAAAUGAGCUUCAAAGGAAAUUAGCUUGUGAACAGAAAGCUAAAGAGGAAACAGAGAAACGGCUUCAAUGCUGUCAAGAAAAAUCAAAAGAGUUUGAAACAACGCUUGCCAUGACACAAGAACUUGUGAAACAUUUAAAGAAACAAGAACCUGAAAAUGAGUGCGAAUGGAUUUUGAAUCGAGAAGAGAUUCAGAUGACUGAAGAAAAGCUCGGAAGCGGAACGUUUGGAACUGUGUACAAAGGAAUGUUUCGUGGCACACAAGUUGCUGUAAAACAAGUCUCAGUGAAGCCAAAGAUUACAGAGUACAACAUAAGAAACUUUAGAAGGGAAAUGAAAAUGGCGUCCAGAUGUCGUCAUCCUUGCAUGUUACAGUUCAUUGGUGCAACAAGCGAUGAUCAAAGUCCAUUAUUGCUGACUGAACUGCUGGACACUAGUUUAAAAGCGGUCUUACUUGAGCGUGCAUUAGAUCUUGUCGAGAUCACGACUAUUGCCCAGGAUGUUGCUAAAGGGUUAAACUACUUACAUCUCACCCGUCCACAUCCUAUCGUUCACCGUGACAUCAGCAGUGGUAACGUGUUGCUAUGGAAACAUGGUCAGUCAUGGCGAGGCAAGAUUUCAGACUAUGGAAAUGCUGUGCUGAUGAACUAUGCCAAGACAGGCAGUGGUGGUGCUAUUUCGUACUUGGCGCCUGAAAUGAACAACAAAAGAUUUUCACCAAAGAGUGAUGUGUACAGCUUUGGUGUUCUUUUGCUGGAAAUGUGCCUCAGAGAAGAGCCAUCAAGUCUUGAUGAUAGAGAUGGGCUUAUUUGCUUGGUAGAGAAUAGAGAACUGAGGACACUGAUACGAAGUUGUCUUCAAGAGGACCCCACACAACGCCCAUCCAUGGAUGAAGUCUUAGCCGCACUAACUACAGCCUCAAGCUCCCACUGAAUUGAUAUGCACCAAUUGAGUAAUUAUUGUACAACAUUUACUUGUCACUGUUUUAAUUGCUACGCGCUGAUUGAGACAAGUGUUGGUGCAGUUUGCCAUUCCACGGUUUCUUUGUACCCUUACGUACUCUAACCAGUAUUUUGAUUGACAGUAGUGUAUAAAUGCCCAUUUACCUGUUGCGACUUUUUUAUUUCGAUCAGUGCAUAGGAAUGAAAACGGUGGUAAUUGCAAUCAAAAAACAGUGGUAAUUGCAAUCAAAAAACAGUGGUAAUUGCAAUGAAAACAGUGGUUAUUGCAAUGAAAAUAGUGGUUAUUGCAAUGAAAACAGUGGUAAUUGCAAUGAAAACAGUGGUAAUUGCAAUGAAAACAGUGGUAAUUGCAUUUCAUCGAAAUAACUGUAUAUAUAUGUAGCAUAAUGACAUCACCUACCGAAACAAACUGCUGUUUUACAAAUCCAAAUUUAAGGUUUCAAAAUUCAGCCAAAAUAGACCAGUUUCGAAUUCCAAAUUACCGCUGUGUUCCUUGAUUACAGACUCAUUUGCACAGGGUUAGCCUCGUAUCAGUGUUUAA